CUUUGCUCGCGAGGAAUUUUCGACUGCAUUGUUGUCGUAGGUUUGGCAAGAAUUGGAGGUUGCUUGGUUUGUUGAUGUGCGCUGCCGAAAAUAAGCAAAUUUCAUCGUACUUGAUCGCAGCUACCAGAUUCGCCCACAAAUUAGUUGCAAAUCCACUUUGGAAUAACUACCGUAAGGGAAGUGUUUAAGAAAAAUGGCAUUUUCUCAUGGAACACAUUCGGUUGUAACUUUAUCAAGGAUGGAAGAUCAUCUAGAUAAGCAGCAACUUUGCGAUGUAACUUUAAUCGUUGGUUCAAAAAGAAUUCCUGCUCACAAGCUUGUUCUGUCAUCAACGUCAGAUUAUUUUCAUGCAAUGUUUAAUCAUGAUCUACUGGAGUCAACACAAUCAGAAAUUGAAUUGAAUGACAUUGAUCCAGAAGCUUUAGAUGAACUUGUUAAAUAUAUGUAUUCUGGGAAACUGGAACUUAGAGAAGACAAUGUGGAACGUCUGCUUUCAACAGCAAAUAUUUUACAAUUGAUGGUAGUAGUAAAUGCUGCUUGUGAUUUUUUAAAAAAUCAACUCCAUCCAUCUAAUUGCCUUGGAAUACAUGCUUUUGCAGACACACAAGGCUGUGUUCAGUUGCAACAGGCUGCUCGUGAAUAUACUAUGGAACAUUUCAUUGAGGUGACACAGAACCGUGAAUUUUUGCUUCUACCUCAAGAAGAAGUUGUCAAACUAUUUUCGAGUGACGAGGUCAAUGUACCUAAAGAGGAGGAUAUGUUUUCAGCUGUAUUGUUGUGGAUACAACAUGACAUAGAACAACGGAAGUCUUUGAUACCAGAAUUGUUGAGUAAUAUCAGAUUGACGCAUGUGUCCAAGGAAUUUUUGGCGGACCAAGUACAAUCAAAUCCACACAUUUACGAGUCAUUGGAAUGUCAACGUCAAGUAGUAGAUUCCCUCAUGCAUCACUUGUUACCAGAAAGACAUCCUUCAUUACAAUCUCCUCGCAAGUCCACCACUGGUCAGUUAUUUGCAAUAGGUGGCAUGGACAGUGGAAAAGGAUUUUCAAGUGCUGCGACUAUUGAAUGUUUCGAUCCGAGGCGAAACACAUGGGCAGUUUUUGCCUCUAUGACUGGUCGUAGACUGCAAUUUGGCGUCGCAGUUCUUGAUGAAAAAUUGUAUCUCGUUGGUGGAAGAGAUGGACUAAAAACCCUAAAUUCAGUUGAAUGUUUUAAUCCAAGAACUAAAACUUGGAAUGCAUUGCCUCCUGUCGCAACUCAUCGUCAUGGACUAGGAGUUGCUGUUUUAAAUGGACCAAUGUAUGCAGUUGGUGGCCACGAUGGGUGGAGUUACCUUAACACGGUAGAAAGAUGGGAUCCACAAACCAGGACUUGGAAUUAUGUUGCCCCUAUGUGGCUCUCACGAAGCACAUUAGGUGUUGCUGUGCUCAAUGAUAAGUUGUAUGCAGUUGGUGGUCGUGACGGUAGUUCUUGCUUAAGAUCUGUAGAAUAUUUUGACCCACAUACAAACAAAUGGACGAACUGUGCUCCUAUGCUAAAAAGAAGAGGUGGUGUUGGAGUAGGUGUCUGUGGUGGAUGCAUGUAUGCCAUAGGGGGCCAUGAUGCUCCAGCAAGCAGUCAAAUGUCGAGGCUUCAGGAGACUGUUGAAAGGUAUGACCCAUCUACAGACCAAUGGACAAUUGUUGCACCUAUGAGCGUGCCAAGAGAUGCAGUUGGCAUCUGUGUUUUGGGUGGACGAUUAUAUGCAUGUGGAGGAUAUGAUGGUCAGUCAUACCUUGUUACAUGUGAAUCAUACUCGCCUGAAAAAAAUGAAUGGAGCUUUGAAGCAUGCUUGAAUACUGGUAGAGCAGGGACUGUAGUUGUUCACAUGAAAAACUCAUCUUAAUUUGCCUUGAUCAGCAUUCAUUGUGAUGAGCAUGCAUACUGGCUCAACAGCUGUUGAUGGUAGAAUUUGAGUUUUGCACUAUACUGAAACCUUUCCAUAGUGAGUCAUUGGUUGGCAAGGAUGACCAAAAUUAAAUGAAUAUUCAAAUUCAAUCGAAAUUUAUAUACUGUAUAUUCGAAAUAAUAAAUUUAGGAAUAAUUUUAUUUGAGAAAUUGUCAUUUUGAGCCACUGAAGCUUCACAGUAUGACCAAAAAAGCCUUCAUUCAAUUUCUGAAAACUGUACAGAAUAGAAAAAUUUUUUUUUUAAGUUUUCCAUCCUGAACUAUAUAUAUUUUAAAUGGUAUUUGUUAAGCACAACUCAAUAUAUCCAAUACUCUAUUUUGGAAAUAAUAUUUCAGAAUGUAUUUGGAAUAGUGGAUUAUUCAAUCCUGUCUAUCCUGUGUGAAAGUUAAUCACAGCUAUACCACCUUAAUCUUGUGAAUCAAUUUUCAUUGACAGCUUUAUAAUAAAUCCCUACUUCAUAACUGAAUAUAACAAAGUAAUCAAUUAAUCUCAUCUUAUCUAUGGGUUUGUAUUGAUCAAUGAAUUUGUGAAGUUGAUUUGAUAUCUGCGUGCUGGAUUCAUUGAAAAUUUAUUACUGGUAUGUAUAUAUAUAUUUAAAGAACGAUUUUUUGCUAAUCAACAUAUCUGAAAUAGAAAAUUGUAAUUUUAUUCUACGAAACUUUUAGAUUUAUUCGUUCUCAAUUUGUCGUUUAGAAUGUUCUCACUAUAAUGGCUAAACAUUCUUUAUAAUUAUUCCCCAUUGUGUAUUGACUAUAUAACCUAUUUCUACUUUAUUUGAGGGCAUAAAUUUGCAAUAUAUUGAGAAAGUUUUGACUUUCUGUAAAUUUUAAUUGAAAAGCAAUCAAUAUGCUAGCUUAUUUUUACUGACGUUUCACCCUCAAUCUAAAAUCCUUUCUUAAAAUAAUACAAAGGGUUUUGGACCUGGUGUGCUCACUUUAUGCCAUCCGUUCUGGUAUAUCAUGACGCCAAUAUAGGCCUACACUAAUCUUCACAAUAGUGUAAACGUUGUCUUCAAUAUGAAAAAAUUGUUUGCAUCUGACGUUCAAAACUUUUGGUAUAUGCUGCAUUCAUUUCAAACAUAUGGUAUUGUAUAUAUACGCAUAAAUAUAUCAUGGCAAUCAAAUAAAUCAUACUUUCCACUGAAAAAGACUGGGAAAACAGCCAGAUGAGUACGCUACAGGAACUCUUCCAUGUUUUGGCGAGAUUGGAAUUAUUCCUGCUUAGUAAAGUCCAUCCAAUUAUGUACAUGUCGCAUAAGGGGGUGAAAGCGCCUAUAUAAAAUAUAAGACUGUUUCACUUAUAUUCAGUGAAAUCUUCAGAAUCUUAUUACGUAAUCAAUUCCUGAUUUUGUUUCAACUUGUGUGCAAUUUUUCUACAGUAUUAUGGGUAUAUCAAGCUAAGUAUUUUGAAAUAACAUGUUAAACUGCUUGCAAAAUUAUGUUAUUUUCUGUUCGUCCAACCUUGUCAAGGUAAUGCUAAUGUUGUUGUUCACUGACGAAAUAUUUCGCGUUAUUAAAUAUUUUGAUAUUUACUAAGCUAGAUAUUCAUUUGUGUUUUUGUUUCAAACGUAUAAAUAAAUGUUAUUCCACCAACCACAGGUA